CACUCUCAUGCUGAUCAAUGGCACAUAGGCACUCAUGCACAUGUAAAACUAUUGAUUGAUUACACAAUUUUGAUCUCUUGUCAAACAACUGCAGGAAAGCCUUUUGUUCUGUUGGAACAUCCCAUCAUUACUACUAUUGCCAAUAUGAUAAUAAGCAUCGCUUUGAUAUGGGCAGUGCUGGUGGGGUGCUGCUGCAUCCUUUGGCUGGCUGUGGGGACACGACGCAGGCAGUCUGGAGAGCCCGCAGUUGAAAAUGGUUUGAUACCAUACCUUGGUUGUGCUCUGCAAUUUGGGGCCAACCCUCUCCAGUUCCUCCGUAGCCGUCAGAAGAAGUAUGGCCACAUUUUCACCUGCAAGAUUGCGGGCCAGUACAUUCAUUUCCUGUGUGACCCCUUCUCCUACCACUCAGUCAUCAGACAAGGUAGACACUUGGACUGGAGGAAAUUCCACUUUGCUACAUCAGUAAAGGCAUUUGGCCAUGAUAGUUUUGACCCUCGACAUGGCCACACCACAGAAAAUCUCCACCAAACUUUUUUGAAGACUUUGCAAGGUGAGGCAUUGCCCUCGCUAAUUGACAGCAUGAUGGAGCAUCUCCAAGACGUAAUGUUGAAGUCCAACACUCUCAGUCCCAGCAUGGAUCGCUGGGAAGUAGAUGGCAUUUUUGCUUUUUGCUACAAGGUGAUGUUUGAGUCAGGCUAUCUUACAUUGUUCGGUAAAGAUCUUGGUGGGGAUAAAUGCCAAGCCCGGCAGGCAGCUCAGAAAGCCUUGGUGCUGAAUGCGUUGGAAAAUUUCAAGGAGUUUGACAAAAUCUUCCCAGCUUUGGUGGCUGGCCUCCCUAUUCAUGUCUUUAAGAGUGCCUACAGUGCAAGAGAGAAUCUAGCAAAAACAAUGCAUGCUGAAAACUUAUCCAAGAGGGAGAAUGUUUCGGAUCUGAUCUCUAUGAGGAUGAUCCUUAACGAUUCCUUAUCUACCUUCAAUGAUGUAAGCAAGGCCAGAACUCAUGUUGCACUGCUCUGGGCUUCACAGGCUAAUACAUUGCCUGCAACCUUUUGGAGUCUUUUUUACAUGAUAAGAAGUCCAGAUGCAAUGAAAGCAGCUCGUGAGGAGGUGCAAAGAGUUCUGGAGGCAUCGGGUCAGACCAUUAAGCCGAGUGACCCCACAUUGAAUCUGAAAAGGGACCAACUGGACAAUAUGCCUGUUUUGGACAGUAUCAUAAAGGAAGCCAUGCGUCUAUCCAGUGCUUCCAUGAACGUGCGAGUUGCCAAAGAGGACUUUUUACUUCACCUUGACAACCAGGAAGCAUAUCAUAUACGCAAAGAUGAUGUCAUAGCCCUUUAUCCUCCUAUGCUGCACUACGAUCCAGAAAUCUAUGAAGAUCCCUAUGAAUAUAAAUUUGACCGAUUUCUGGAUGAAAUUGGUCAGGAGAAAACUACUUUCUAUCGCAAUGGCAGGAAAUUACGCUACUUCUACAUGCCCUUUGGAUCUGGGGUCACCAAAUGCCCUGGCAGAUUAUUUGCCAUAUAUGAAAUUAAGCAGUUCUUGACUUUAGUUCUGGCUUACUUCGAAAUGGAACUUCUGGACCCUGCCAUCAAAGUCCCACCUCUUGACCAGUCACGUGCUGGAUUGGGAAUCCUUCAACCAACAUAUGACAUAGAUUUUAGAUACAAAUUGAAAUCUAACUAUUAAUUGUUUGGUUGUUCCAAAACAUAACUUCAUUACAUGUGACAAAAUGUACAUAGUGUAUAUUUAAAUAUUAAUGUAGAAGUCUUGCUACCUUUGUAAAUAGAUGUUGUACUGGUGUAUAUUAAAGCAUUGAUUUGUUGCUCUGGAUCAUAAAUGCUGUCCUUUAAUGCAGUCAGUGUAUUUAAGAUUUAUUUUUAUUCAUUUUUGUGGUGGUUUUGCUUGGUGGGUGACAGUUCAAUCAACUACAAUUAUUGUACAGCACAGCAAAGAGAUUUAGCAUAAAAAUGGGUGGAGAGAUGGAUGACGAGGGUGCUAAAGGAGGUGAUGACAAGCCAGUAAAAAAAAAAAAAAAAUUGCAAAAUGCGCUACUGUGGCAGAGGUCAGUAGCAGGCCUCUCACCCAGCAGGCCUACAGUUAGGGUGAUGUGUUUGUCCUUUGUGAUGUCAUGCUCUUGUAUCUUUGAUGACCUCUAGCCACAGUUGUUGUCAGACAGUCAUGGAAUAAAGAUGUGUUCCUCCCUUCUG